UUGAACAUAGCGAAAUCAAUAUGGCGCAUGUUGAUAUGACAAAUUGACAGCAUUGUUUUGUCUUUGUAAUAAGUUGUAAUGUUUCUUUUACAUAUCCAAUUAAAGAAUAAUAAAAUUUAAGAAUGACGAGAUCGUUCGGUAAUAGUGACAAACGAUUUUCAAUCGACGACGCCUUCGAGGAGGAGACAGACGAAGCUAUAAAAGUGUAUGGCGCUACGGGCGACAGAUCGCCGUUGCAGAAUAAUAAAUAUAAGAAUGGAAGUGAAUAUUUGUCCAGUAAUAAAACAUACAAAUGCACAGACGACACGACCUCCCGAGACUCUGACUCUCUAAUCCACGAGUAUGUAGAGGCCACACAGGCAACAUACUGCUGGAACCAUCCCAAAGUCAGGGAGAACUGGAAGACGGUGUGCGCAGCGGUCAUUCUGUUGGUUGUUGGCGUGGGUUUACUGGGGAUGGGAGCCUUUGCUGUUGCUGAACCGGAGAAUGGACUGCAGGGAGCAGUGUUCUUCGUAGCAGGUAUGAUUUGCUUCGUCCCCGGCGCGUACCACGUGGUGUACAUCUGGCUGGCGGCGCGCGGACAGCGAGGCUACGACUUCUACCAUCUGCCGCUCUUCACCUGAUCGCCUCGCGUAAGCCUUCGAAUUCAUCUCAUCUUGUUAGGUAGGACCAGUCAGCUGCUAAUUUAAUGUGUUCAAAAUUAUACAUAAUUGUGUUUUUAAUUAGUUAGAGUUUUUUUAAUUAGAGCGUUUAAAUAAAUUCACAAAUAAAAAUUAAACAUCACAAUAAAGCCUAGUUUACCCUCUGGGUUGGAAGGUCAGAUGGCAGUCGCUUUCGUAAAAACUAGUGCCUACGUCAAAUCAUGGGAUUAGUUGUCAAGCGGACCCCAGGCUCUCGGAAUGAGCCGUGGCGAAAUGCCAGGAUAACGCGAGGAAGAAGAAGACAAAUAUAAAUUAAAAUAAAAACAUAGAUAACCGUUUGAACGCUACGCGUGCGUGCGCUGCGCGUCAUCGUGAACCUUGUGGGAAUGCACGAAGGUUGAUAUUGGGUUGUAGCCGCGCGCGUCAGUUGACGUGUUCGGCGGUCAAAGGGAUAAUUUGUGUGGAGGUCCAAAAUUGUCGGUUCAAACCUCGGUUCUGCUGUAUAGAGUAGAAAAAAUCCUUCUCGAUAAAAAUGUUAAUAAAGACUCAAAAUUCGGUCAGGAUUUUUAUCAUAUACACAUACAAUAGGUUUCAUUUAUACGCCCACGCCCAGAAACGUCAAUUAAACUCUAGUUAAUUAAAAUAUCACAGUUGUCUUGAUCUCCUAAACAUAAAAUGUAAUUCUGAACACUUAGUAACAUUUGCUGCUGACUGUACUAUCCUGUAGGAACUUUGGAAUAAUGACUGGUACCAUAUUGGGAACAUUCCUAACAUGGGAAUAUUCCUGUAAAUGGCAUAUCAGUAUUCGCUAUAAGUGUCAUCCGCGGUUAGUGAUGCUUUGUCACCACAUUUUGAAAAAUUCGAAUUGUUUGGUUUUAUCUUCUCUUAAGUUCUCUUAGUCUUCUCUUUAAGAGGAAACCCUUCAAGAGAAAAAAGAGUACCUUAUUUAUAACCUACUUAUUGUCUUUGGACUAUAAAUUGAACUAGAAUUGAAUUGAAUUCAGUUCAUAUCAGUGUUUAAAAUAAUGUAAGCAAUCAAAACUAUCGGACCAAUUCGAACUUUAAGAUACGUCAAUUAAUAGAUCUACAAACGAUAUGGAUUAGAUAUGUCAGUGUGAAAUGCAAACAAAAACUUCACUUUUGACACUGACACAUCUAAUCCAUAUCGUUUGUAGAUCUAUUAAUUGACGUAUCUUAAAGUUCGAAUCAGGCAGUAUGUGACUUUAACAUUCUGCCAUUGAAAUAAUACCAUAGAUACAAAUCACUAUUGUUCUAUUAAUCUUAGAAUCCUUUCAUAUCGAUGGUAUUAUGUCAUAGGCUAAAUGAGUCACUCAGUCAUGUUUGUCUGUAAACAUUCUGUGACUAUAUAUGACAUAAAAGAAAUGGAGCAUUUUUAAAAUUAAAUUAAUAUUUCAUCAAGUUAUAUUAGUGAUCCUCCUACUGGAAGGAAUAAAAGAUAAUGACGGAUUUUAAUUUAGAACAACUUAAAAUUGAGGCUUAUUUAAUUGAUUCCAUUAUGUAACGAAAAUUUGUCAAAUUUAUACUACAGGUUACUUCGGUACACAAAGCGUAAAUUAAAUUGUAGAAGAGUAGUGCUUACUGUUUGGGCAUCCAGCUUGAUAUUUUAAUUCGUCGUUCUGUCAAUAAGGAUACAAAAUAAAUAUGAUACAAUUUCUUGCGGAAUGGUCAGAAAUAUAAAUAAACAACUUACACAGAAUGUAUUAAGAAUUAUUACCUUUCUUAAAUUUUUCGAAAGAACCUCGGUUCCGCGCACGCCUCCGCAAUAUCAAGAAUGCCAUUGUUCUAAGAAUGACGAUCUGAUAAUAAAGAAUUUGAUUGAUUUAUAUUCUUUGAAUAACUAAUUAACUUUUACUCAUAAUUUAAUAUAAUGUAAACUUAUAGAUAAAGUUAGAGAAAAAUACCUACCAUAUAAAAUACCAUUAUUUUCAUGGAAUUAAAAUAAAAUAUUAGGGCAGAAUCAAAGGUCCCUCUUUGUAACUUGACAAACAUUGAGUUUUGCUCUCUAUGUGUCCGUGUGUUUCAGUAAUGAUUGCAGUCUAUCAUGUAAAUACAUGAUAUUGGUUUAAACUGCAAAAAGAUACAAUGUAGCUUGUUCCUCCCCUUUGAGGUAUUUUUGCUGUCAAAUUUCAUGACAUAAAUUCGAUGACGUCGCAAUUAUAUAAUGCUAUACAUACAGGGAUAAUUUAAAAUAAGCGUUUGAAAAAGAAGCGAUGUUUCGAAUUAGGUACUCUGAUAUUCGUAACUAAUUAAUUAGAUCACUUUGUCCUAUUUAUGACAUUUUGUUUUGAUUUAUUAAUAAUAUAACGAAAUACAUAAAUGUUUUAAAUUAUCUCCUUAUUAUAUUAUAUCCAUUUAUACAAUUAUUGAGUCAAGAAAAUAGAAAAAUAAAUAACUGCAUCCAUCUCCAAAAUAUUUAGUUAGUUUAAGAGUUUUUUUACAUGUUAAGAACUUAAUUUGUGUAUAAAUCAAUUGAUUCCACUGUGUCACGAAAAUUGGUCAUUCAUUUAACCUAAUUUUAAAGGACUAUUAAAUUAUGUUACAUUAAGUUUCAAUUUAAAUUAUUAUAAAUACGUGGUACAGUAUUAGGUACGCGGAUUAAAUUAAAGAUAUGCAAAACAGUUCGAAAAACAAAGUUCUUACACAGGCACAUAACACAUAACAAUGAGUAGGUACCUUUACCUAUCUAGUGUUGUAUGGAUGAAUAAUAAAAAUACACAGUUAAGCAAUUUAAUUGGUUAAUUCAUGUACUGAAAACAAAUUUUAUGACUAAUGAGCGUUACACAAUGGAAUUAACUCGGCGUAAUUAACAAGGGAGACGCCAUGUCUAAAAUUUUCGGUACAAAAUAGUCUGCCGUUUUUUGCGGGGGAGGGGCACAUCAAAUGUAUAGGUACGUCAUGUCAGAUAAACGUCAGUCCAUACAUAUGGUUGACCAUUGGCCGCCUAUUUUCGACAGAGGGGAAUGCCUGUUAAUGGCGGCUCCAUUGUUAAUUACUCCGAGGGAAUUAAUGACAUUUUAUAACCAAUUAAUGCCUUAAUGUGUGCAAAAAAAUGAAAUUAUAUUGUAAUAUUAAUAUGAAAGAAUUGGGGUUGUAUAACUGUCUAGUCUAUAUUUUUUAUCCAUUAAAUCUCACUUGAAUAAUCCAUUAAUUUGCCAUGCGUUAGAAAUGUAUAUCACUACUAUAUGUCUUAGACGCGUAGGAGACACAUUUAAUAAGUUUAUAUUCAUACGGCACCUAAUUGAAGAGUAAAAAUGUGUUACCUUUACCUGAGUACUUCACAGGUGUCAGAUUGUGUAUACAUUUCGUCAGUGUUUUGUGUUGUGUAUUUUUUGUGUGAUAAUUUGUAUUUUUAUAAAUAAAUCUGUCCGACUAAUAUGUAUAAAGUCUUAUAUUAAUGUAUGUAUUUAGUAUUAAUCAUUUGUAAAUAUAUCAUUAAAUUAUUCAAAUUACUCUAAAAUUAAGAUAAACUGGAAUACUUAAUGCUUAUUGUAAUAAAGAAAAUAUUAUUCACGGAAAAUAUGCUGUACUUGAAAAAAUAGUAAAAAGCCAAAAAAUGUGUUGUUAGAAUGAAGAUUCUUUAAUAUCAGUUAUUAUAAUCCUUGAUACUCGUAAUUUUAUCUGAAUACAUUAUUGCUUAAUAUUAUAGUUAUGGGCUUGAAUUUUAACCCUACGUUUUAUUUUAUAUCAUAGGUUCUUGACAUACAUGUAUUAAUUUCAGUUGUUUCCACGGUGUAACGAAAGCUACCCUUAUUUAUUUAUAUUUUCGUUACACAAAUGAAUUGGAAAACUAUUUUGCGUGUAUUUAAAUAUAUGUAUUUGGGUCGUACAGACAAGCAAAAGUUGUAUCUUCAUUUUUCUUUCUUAGUUGUGAAAAAUUGCCGCUGAUAGCGACGAUUUUUGACAAAACAGUGAACAUUCGUUUUUCCCAUGUAGCGCGGUCAAACUAGAUAAAAAAAGCGUUUUGAGGAAUUAAUUCCCAGCAAGCUAGAAAUCAUUUUAAUACCUUCAUUUGGUCCUAAAUGCGUAUAAUCCGAGUUUGCUCCAUCCCAGGAAGUGUGGAUAAAUUUUGGGAGCCUUCGGAGAUACAUUUGACCUUGGAUUGACAAAACCGCUCGAUGUAGAAGAAACCCACCAUCAAUUACAAUGUCACUACCAGCAAGGU